AAACAUAUAUAAUAAAGAUAGUAGCUGUAUGAUAAAGUCAGUAGCUGACUAGUCUAAAGCCCCUGAAAUUUUGGUUACUUUAAAAAGCAUAAACUUCGAAGAUUUGGAAAAAAUUUGUCAUCAUAAUUACAAAUGCUUUUUUCUUAUUAUAUAUUCCAAAGUGGAAGAUGUCCCACCUCAAAUAAUUGAGAUAUUCAGUGCCAUAAGUAAUAACAUGACAGCAAGAAAUAUCGUGGUUUAGAUUUCACAUGGGAUAAAWGCAGCCCUAUGCAUAAGCAGAGUUUUAGCUCCUUGUCUUAAAUUUUACUAAACACUUUUAUAUGCACUAGUUAAAUCAGUAUUUUUAUUUCAUCUUGAAAUAUAUUAGGUUGUAUUCAUCACCUUUUGGUGUUUUGCCGCAAAUUUCCUAUUGAAUAACAAAACCCGURUCAAUAGCCAAAACUAUUGUAAACKGUGUCCUUUUACUCAGAUAAGUUUUAAGGAAGUAAAAGUCAAAUAAAACCAAGAGGUCAGUGUAGAAGAAGGAAACGUGUGAUGAAAGUUUGUGCUGUGCAGUCUGUCAUGUUAAUAACUCCACUAACAUUGCUUUCACUUAAUUUAAUGCUGAUUGCCUUUAACAUUUACUAAACAGUUUUGAAAAUUACUGUAGCUUAGCCUGAGACGUUUGUGAUUAGCUGCACCAAUUUGAAAUGGCCAAUUUGGAUGAUGACAGAGCCUCCUCUGCGCAUGCUUUUUUAAAAUUUGGUUCAAUUUAUGAGCCACUUAAAUGUAUUAACCUUCCAAAGCCAGAGGGGGAAAGUCUGUGGGAUAAAUUAAAUCAUUACUAUAGAAUUGUGAAAUCCACGUUGCUGCUCCAUCAAAGCCCGACCACAGGUCUGUUCCCUACCAAGACUUAUGGGGAUAACCAAAAGGCAAAAAUCCAUGACAGCCUUUACUGUGCUGCCUGUGCCUGGGCACUGGCCCUUGCUUACAGGCGUAUCGAUGAUGACAAAGGAAGGACUCACGAGCUGGAGCAUUCUGCUAUAAAGUGCAUGAGAGGAAUUCUCUACUGCUACAUGCGCCAGUCCGAUAAGGUUCAGAAAUUCAAGCAAGACCCCAAACCAUCUGCAUGCCUGCAUUCUGUGUUCUGUGCACGCACUGGAGAUGAGGUCUUCUCCCAUGAGGACUAUGGUCACCUKCAGAUCAAUGCUGUGUCAUUAUUUCUCCUUUAUUUGGUUGAGAUGAUCUCUUCGGGGCUGCAGAUUAUCUACAACACAGAUGAGGUGUCCUUUAUCCAGAAUCUUGUGUUUUGUGUGGAGAGAGCCUAUCGUGUACCAGAUUUUGGUGUCUGGGAAAGAGGCAGUAAAUAUAACAACGGCAGUCCAGAGCUGCAUUCAAGCUCCGUGGGGCUGGCAAAAGCAGCUUUAGAAGCAAUUAACGGUUUCAAUCUCUUUGGAAACCAGGGCUGCUCGUGGUCUGUUAUAUUUGUGGAUUUUGAUGCCCAUAACCGGAAUAGACAGACCCUGUGUUCAUUGCUGCCCCGGGAGUCAAGGUCUCAUAAUACUGAUGCAGCUCUUCUGCCCUGCCUUAGUUAUCCUGCAUUUGCUUUGGAUGAUGAGGUUUUGUUUGGUCAAACACUAGAUAAAAUCAUUAGGAAGUUGAAAGGAAGAUAUGGGUUUAAAAGGUUUCUGAGAGAUGGAUACAGGACAGCRCUGGAGGACAGAAGUCGGCGUUAUUAUAAACCAGCAGAAAUUAAGCUUUUUGAUGGCAUUGAGUGUGAAUUCCCUCUCUUUUUUAUUUUCAUGAUAAUUGAUGGCGUUUUUAGAGGAAAUCCUACACAAGUAAAGGAAUAUCAGGAUCUUCUGGACCCUUUGCUUCAACAUACACCUGAAGGGUGCCCUGUUGUCCCCAAGUAUUACUACGUGCCYGCUGACUUUGUGGAGUCGGAGCAGAGGAGCCCUGGCAGCCAGAAGCGCUUCCCCAGUAACAACGGGCGUGAUGGGAAGCUGUUCCUGUGGGGUCAGGCCAUGUACAUCAUUGCCAAGCUCCUGGUUGACAAAUUAGUGAGUCCUAAAGAUCUCGACCCCAUUGGCCGGUACGUACCCCCCCAGGACCAGCGGAAYGUUAGCAUGAGAUUUUCCAAUCAGGGUCCUUUAGAAAAUGAUUUGGUGGUCCAUGUGGCCCUGAUAGCAGAAAGCCAGCGCCUACAAGUUUUUCUGAACACGUAUGGAAUCCAAACUCAGACCCCACAGCAGGUGGAACCAAUUCAGAUAUGGGCUCAGAAAGAACUUGUCAAAGCUUACUUCCAUUUGGGAGUCAAUGAGAAAUUGGGAUUAUCUGGAAGACCAGACAGACCUAUAGGAUGCCUUGGAACGUCAAAGAUUUAUCGAAUAUUAGGGAAGACUGUAGUUUGCUACUCGAUCAUUUUUGAUCUCAGUGAUUUCUACAUGUCUCAGGAUGUUAUGAUGUUGAUUGAUGACAUUAAGAAUGCCCUGCAGUUCAUUAAGCAGUACUGGAAAAUGCACGGCCGGCCCCUGUUUGUGGUACUGAUCCGGGAAGACAACAUAAGAGGGAGCAGAUUCAGUCCAAUAUUAGAUAUGUUGGCAGCCUUUAGAAAGGGAGUUGUUGGAGGAGUGAAAGUUCACGUUGACAGAGUACAGACAUUAAUAUCUGGAGCAGUUGUUGAACAACUUGACUUCCUAAGGAUCACUGAAACAGAAGAGGCUCCUGUAUUUAAGAGUUUGGAGGAGCUGGAUCUUCCAAAACAUUCAAAAGUCAAGAGACAGUCUAGUACUCCCAAUGCUUCUGAACUUGAGCAGCAACCAGAUGUAAAUAUUAAUGACUGGAAAAACAAGUCAACAUAUGAGAUCCUGCAGAAACUUAAUGACUGCAAUUGCCUGGCAAGUCAAGCGUUACUCUCGAGUAUAUUGCUUAAAAGGGAAGGGCCGAAUUUUAUCACCAAGGAAGGUACUGUUGCUGAGCAUAUUGAAAGAAUCUACAGACGAGCUGGCAGCAGAAAGCUCUGGUUGGUGUUGCGCUACAGUGCUGCAUUUGCACAGAAAUUUUCUUCUUCUAUAACCCCACAUAUUACUACUUUACUGGUACAUGGGAAACAGGUGACACUUGGAGCUUUUGGCCAAGAGGAAGCAGUUAUUUCUAACCCCUUAUCACCAGCAGUGAUUAAGAACAUGAUCUAUGAAAAAUGCCAGUUACAAGAUGAAAGAGAAGCUGUGGUGCAGCAGGAACUUGUCAUCCAUAUUGGCUGGAUCAUCUCGAAUUCCCCAGAACUGUUCAGUGGAAUGCUGAAGAUUCGGAUUGGAUGGAUUAUCCAUGCUAUGAAGUACGAGCUGAAAAUCCGUGCUGGGGAUAUGCCAGCCAAGGACUUGUACCAGAUGUCCCCCAGUGAGGUGAAGCAGCUUCUGCUGGACAUUCUUCAGCCCCAGCAGCCGGGCAGGAGCUGGCUGAACAGGAGGCAGCUCGAUGGUUCCCUGAACAGAACUCCUGCAGGGUUCUACGAUCGGGUGUGGCAGAUCCUGGAGAGAACCCCCAACGGCUUAAUAGUGGCAGGGAGAUUCCUGCCCCAGCAACCAACCUUAUCGGAUAUGACGAUGUAUGAAAUGAAUUUUUCCCUCUUAGUUGAAGAUAUGCUGCAAAACAUUGACCAGCCACAAUACAGGCAAAUCAUUGUAGAGUUGCUGAUGGUUAUAUCUGUUAUUUUGGAGAGAAAUCCUGAGCUAGAGUUCCAGGACAAAGUGGACUUGGACAAAGUGGUGCAAGAAGCGUUUCAUGACUUUCAGAAAGAUCACAGCAGUCCAAAGGGAGCUGAAAAUCAAAAUGACAUGACUGCAUUCUACAACACCCACCCACUUGGAAAAAAGGGAACGUGCAGCUACUUGAGCAAGGCUGUGAUCACUCUGCUGCUGGAAGGGGAAAUGAAAGCAAGCAAUGAUGAUCCUUGUAUCGUUAGCUAAAGCCUGGCACACCACUCGGGAAUUGUGCUUUACUUAGUGYUUUAUGUAUUUUUCAAGCAUAUCUUAAGGUACUGUUUUGAAGGAUAACCCUGCCUAGUGACACAAAUGCAUCCUACCCUUUGCUGGAAGAAGUGCCAUUAAAGAUACCAAGUGCCACCAGAUUUUUUCCUUUCUCGACUAUGCAGCAUGAAACUGAGCACAUGAAGUUAGUCCUAUGGUAUUUGAUUAAGUUGAAUGGGAAUGUAUUUAUGAUCUUAAAUYAUGCAUUUACUGUAGCUGGUAAAUUCAAGGGAGCGGCAGUAUGAGAUUUUGUCUUUAUACUUCCAUUUAUUUAUAAUUGCAAACAAGUUUAGUGUAAAUUCUAAAUGAAAUUCAGAAGAUAAAUUAAUAUGCAUACCAAUCAGUGUGGAAAUAGAAAAAUUUGAUUAUUUUCGUAUUAUUCUACAAACAAAUUGGAGGUGAAGGUGAAGUAUUUGUUAUUCUCUUAAGAUUUUCUUUAUCAGUUCAAGUGACAACAUUCAUUUAAUGUGUUGGGUUUUUUUAAUUUACCGGUUGGUAACUUGAUACACAGGUUUCAUCCUAACAGAAAAACUUUUUAUCUCUAGCAAUACACCACACUAGUUUCCCUGUUGUUAAUUAACAUCUAUAAGUUAACAAGGGAAAUGUAUGGUAACACAAUAAAAGUUUGUUUUUAAAAAAGGCCAAACAAACUGUAUUUAAAAUGAAAUUCAAUGAAGAAAUAACUUUGUAUUUCAUGUGUUAUCAUGGCAUUAAUGAAUUCAAGAUACACUUAUUUAUSUCCUAAAUGUGUGAAAACACUAUAUGCUAUAUGCUUUAUUUUGGUGAAAAUAAUAAAAAGCAAAUGCUUGUAAAAAAACCCUGUCAAUAAAAAUACUUCAAGUGACAUGCAAAGAGACUUGUGCUGACUUUAGUGGC